UUCUUGUUGUUACUCUGAUGUAUCAUUUUUCGUUUCUGUUUAUUUUUUUUUAUAAAAAUAAAAAUUCAAAUGCAAAUAGAAUCCAGUAAUAAAACUCCAUGUAAGUUGACCAUCCGGCACGCUAAGCAGACUUGUUCUUUAUCCUCUAGCCUGGAUCAGUUAAACUGUUUCACAGUCAUCUAUGCUAAUUCCUAAAUGCCAUGAAAACAAUUUCCUUAUCAUGUCUUCGCCCAAUUUGGGACAAACAUAACUGUCGACUGGAAGAUAAUCUUGACUCAUUGAAAGAUGCAGUUAACGAACUGAAGAACAAGAAGGAAAGCAUAAGAAUUAGGAUAAAGCGUGAAGCAAGCCCGUACAAGGAGCGCACCUACAGAGUAACUGAUUGGUUGUGUAAGGCGGAUCGGUUAGAAACAGAGACAGAUAAAGUUAUUGCAGAAGGUCAAGAAGAACUGCUAAGGAGAGAGCCUAGAUGUUGCUGCGCCAAUUGCUUCUGUAAUUCAAAUUCUGAAGUUGGUAAGAGAGUUUGGGAAAAGCUCAACUCCGUCAAUCAAAUCUUGAUUGAAGGCAAUUUCGAUUUUGUUGUUCAAAUAAGGCCUCAUGAUUUUGUCGAUUUGAUUAAUGUUGAGGCCACUGUGGAUUUUGAAUCUGGAUUGGAUGAUGUUUGGAGAUGUGUUGAGGACGAUAGUUUUAGAAUUAUUGGAAUAUAUGGAAUGGCAGGUAUUGGCAAGACUACCCUUUUGAAAAAGAUUAAGGAUGAGCUUCUUGUUAGAAAACAAGAAUUUGAGAAGGUGAUUUGGGUUGAAGUGUCCAGAGAAGCAAAUGUUGACGCAAUCCAAAAUGUUAUUCGCAAACAGUUAAGCAUCUCGAACGAGACAUGGAAAAAAACAAACAAGAGAGAUAUGGAGAGAUUGUUGGGCAGCAAGAAAUUCAUAUUGUUAUUAGAUGAUCUAUGGGACAGAUUGGAUCUCUUAAAAUUUGGAGUUCCAGUGUCUGAUGGAAGUGGUUCAAAAGUGAUAUUCACUACUAGAUCAGAGAGGGUAUGUGAUGAAAUGAAAGCUCAGAAAAAGCUGAAAUUGAAAUGUUUGUCACGAGAACAAGCGUUGACAUUGUUCCGGUCAAAGGUUGGUUUGAAUUAUAGUAACUUUACAGAUCAUGUCGCAGACACCAUUAACACAGAAUUUUGCCAAGGUUUGCCACUUGCCCUCAUUUCCAUCGCACAAGCAAUGUCUAGAAUGAGCAAUAGUGAGGUCGAACACAGAAUAAGCACAUUGCAAAAUUACCCAUCCACGUUUCCAGGUAUGAAUCACAUUUUUCGCAUUAUUGAGCCCAGUUUUGAUAGCUUAGAGGAUGAUAUCCUUAAAAAUUGUUUCAUUCAUACUUGUAUACUACCUAAUUUGAUUAGAAAAGAUGAAGUUAUUAAACUAUGGAUUGGAGAGGGGAUUUUAGAUAUGUAUGCUAAGAACUUGGGAGAUUAUGUUAUCAAGAGGUUAAAGGCAUCUUGUCUAUUGGAGGGUGAUGAAUCAAGUGAUAUUUUUUGGAUGCAUAGUGUCAUUCGGACUUUUGGCUUGUGGUUAGCUCGUGAGCAUGGAGAAAAGGAGAAUAAGGUUUUAGUACAAGAGCGAAGGGUUGAGAAAUGGACUGAAGCUGUGCGAAUAUCAAUAUAUGAUCAGAAAAAUGUAAUGCUUCCUUUAAGUCCUUGUCCUCAAGUUCGGACUCUGCUUAUUAGAUAUACCAACCUAAAUGCAUUUCCAACAGGGUUGCAAUCUAUGAACGCCUUGGGAGUUUUAGACUUGUCAAAAAACAAAAACUUAUCUGAGUUACCUAGUGGUAUUGGUUCAUUAAUCAACUUGCAAUAUCUUAAUCUCUCUUUUACAAGUAUAAAGGAAUUGCCUGUUGAAAUGAAAAACUUGGCAAAUCUAAGGCUUUUGCUUAUGGAUUAUACUGAAAAUUUUCAAGUUAUACCUAAGAGAUUAAUAUCAAGUUUUUCGUCACUGCAAGUAUUCAACAAGCUAGGCGAUAAAAUCUUUGAGGACACAACUUUGUUAGAAGAGUUGGAAUCCAUUGAACAUUUGAGUGACAUAAGUAUUAGUUUAUUCAGUUAUUCGGCUGCUGAAAGGAUGCUGAACUCACUACAAAGUUGCAUUAGAAAUCUAUCAUUGAAGCAUGUAGAGAAACUCAACAUUCCGAUCUCAGUUUUAUCAAGACUGGUGCAUUUGGAAGAGCUUGAUAUAGAAGGUUGUGAAGAUUUGAGAUUUGAAAAUGACAAUACCCAAUAUUAUGUUUUGAACUUUCAAAGUCUGCGAAUUCGGGGUUGUUCCAAGAUAUAUGAUUUGCGAUGGCUGAUUUUCGCUCCUAAAAUUCGAACUCUUGAUCUACGAAGUUGCGAAUCAUUGUUUGAAAUUGUAGGAAAUGAUUUUGAAUCUGAAGAAAUCAAAGAAAUUGAUACACGUUUGGGUAUAUUACCAAGUCUAAAGAAAUUAUACUUGGAAGAUCUUCAACAUUUACACCACAUCUGCCAUCAAGCUUUGCAAUUUCCAGUUCUGAUGGAUAUAGUUGUGAUUGGCUGUCCAAAUCUAGUAGAACUCCCAUUUCAUUUACAUAGUGCAACGAGGUUAAGAGACAUAAAGGGAGCUAAAAGCUGGUGGGACCGCUUGAAGUGGGAGGAUGUAGCUAUUAGAGAUGUUUUCGAUUACAAAUUUCAAGAUGUUUUUGGAGCUAGCCAAUUUCAGCAAAUCCAUUACUCAAGAACUGCUUCUCCACGUAUGAACCGGCAACAAGAAGGCUCAACAGCAGGUAAGCUCUUAAGCCACGCAGAUACUGCUCCUUCAACUACAAAAGGAAAAGGAAAAAGAAAAUUGAUAUCGAAGUCUCCUAUUGCCCCUAAAACAAUCCAGGACCGUCGACCUUCAAAUCCAAGAGGAAAACGAAAAUGGGUGUUUAAGUCUCCUCUUGGCAUUAGGAGUAAAGCCAUGCUUUCAAAUACAAAAGAAGAAUCUGUUAUUAUCACUAAGAGGCUUGGAAGCAGUUGGCUGAAGACCUUUACCUAUGAAGAAUUAGUAGAGGCAACUGCUAAUUUCUCUUACGGCAGUCUGCUAGGUGAGGGUGGUUCUGGUAAAGUUUACAAAGGAAUGUUAUCAAAUGGUGAAGCAGUUGCUGUUAAGCACUUCAAAAAUGAUAGGGAAACUGCGGAUAAUGAAUUUUUGGCAGAGAUUGAGACCAUUAGCCGAAUCCAUCACCGUAAUAUUGUCAAGCUAGUUGGAUAUUGCCAAAACCAAGCAAAUAAACUUCUUGUUUAUGAGUUUGUUCCCAACAACUCUUUGAGAUAUCAUUUAUUUGAAAAUGACAAUUUGAGUAUUGAUUGGUCAAUAAGAAUGAAAAUCGCUGUAGGAUCCGCAAAAGGAUUGACAUAUUUGCAUGAAGAGUGUGAACCCAGGAUCGUCCACAGGAAUAUCAACCCCAGUAACAUUCUUCUUGAUCAUAGCUUUGAGCCAAAGAUUUCAGAUUUUGGACUUGCCAUUGUCUUUCCAGAUUCUGUUACUGAAAUUUACGAGAAAGUUAUGGGAACUAUAGGUUAUCUGGAACCUGAGUAUCUGCAACAUGGAAAGAUCACUGUCAAGACCGACGUCUUCUGCUAUGGGGUGGUGCUUAUGGAGUUGAUUACUGGCAAGAGAGCGGUUGAAACAAUGGACGACGAUCUAGUUCUUUCGGUGAAGUCUCUACUUAAAGAAAGUCUGGAGACUGGUAAUGGGUACGCUUUUAUCGAUCCCAAAUUGGGCCUAAGCUAUGAUCUAGAUGAAAUGCACAGAAUGAUUUUUUGUGCUGCAGCCUGUGUGUAUAAACCUGCGGAACUUCGCCCACAAAUGAGCCAGAUAGUUUCAGCUCUAAAAGGGAAUAUUCCUGUCGUGAGUAUAUGGCGCCCAGGAGACAAUUCUUUCCUAUAUGAUAGACAACGGUAUGAAUCUCCGGCGCGAAGCACAGGAUCGGGCACUGUAGGCACAGGAUCGGGCACUGUAGGCACAGGAGCGGGCAGUGUAGAUGAGAUAUAUGAGGAUGAAGAGUAUUUGAGAUGAUAUAGUUUUCUAUUUGCAUUCGGUUAUGAUUUAAGUAACUUGAUUCUCGAGUAAUAUAGUUUUCUUUUUCGUUUAA